AUGGAAAGGGAUUUAUCUCAAGAGCAGAAUCAAAGGUUAUUAAGGUCUUCUUCUGGGGUUACAACAACCACAAGUGCAGCUCAGUGUUCAUCUUCAUCCUCACAGAUCAAGAAAAACACGAAGCUAACAUCCAAGGAUCAACAAAUGAACAGAUUGGUAUUUCAAGAAGGCGGAUUACCUAAUGGAACUGAAGUAGUUUACAAGUCUCAUGGAAGGGAACUUUUAAAAGGUUACAAGUGGGCCCGUGGAAUAUUCUGUUUUUGCUGCAGUACUGUGGUUAGCCCCUCACAGUUUGAAGCUCAUGCUGGCCAGGCCUCCCGCAAAAAACCAUAUGGAAACAUCUUUAUUGCAAAUGAUGUGUCACUCCAUGAUUAUGCAUCUUCUUUAAAGCUAACUGUUGGACACCUGUCAAAGAAGAAUGAUGAACUUUGUGGAGUUUGUAAGAAAGAUGGAGACUUAGUGCUCUGUGAUGGAUGCCCAAGGUCAUUCCAUAAAGAAUGUGUAUCUGACACAAGCCCCCCCAAAGAAAAAUGGUUCUGCAAAUAUUGCAGAAACUCUAUGAAUUUGCAACAUUCAGGAUCUGAUCAAAUUGAGAAAAUUGCAAAACGUUGCAUUCAGAUUGAUAAUUGUGACCUUGUUGCAUGUUGUAUUUGCAGAGCAUAUGAUUUCACCACAGAUGGCUUCGAUGAUCGGACUGUUAUUGUUUGUGAUCAGUGUGAAAGAGAAUACCACGUAGAGUGUUUGAGGGAACACAAGAAGAUGUAUCUGAAGGAGUUGCCAUCUGGCAAUUGGUUCUGCAGUGCGGACUGUGGAAUACUUAAUUGGGUUCUUGAGAGAUUGGUGGCAUGUGGGCCCGUGAAGGUCCCUCAUUCUCUUACGGGUUUAAUCAGGGAGACUUCAAUGGUCGGUGAUGCAAACGGAAUCGGAAUCGGAAUCACCAAUUCCGAGAUGAAGUUGAUUGUUUUGCGUGGGAAAGGAGUUUCUGAUGAGAACAGAGUGUUGCUUUCUCAAGCCGUUGAUAUCUUCCAUAAAUGCUUCAAUCCUAUUGUUGAUUCCAUUACUGGAAGUGAUUUUAUUCCAUCAAUGGUGUAUGGGCAGACAAUGGGGGAUUCCGACUUCACAGGAGUUCAUUGUGCAAUGCUCACAAUAGAAUCAAAGGUUAUUACAGCCGGAAUGUUUCGUGUAUUUGGAGCAGAUGUUGCAGAACUUCCAAUAGUUGCUACCAAUGAAACCAACCAAGGAAAGGGCUACUUCCAACUUUUCUUCGACUGCUUUGAGAAGCUACUUGCAUAUCUCACGGUUAAGAAGAUGGUUGUUCCAGCUGCUGAGGAUGUUGAAUCCAUGUGGAUUCAGAAAUUUGGUUUUCAAAAAGUUAACCCAACUCAGCGGAGGGAAUAUAGACAAACAUUAACAUCAAUGGUGGCGUUUCAAGGAACAUCUUUGUUAGAAAAGGAUGUGGUGGGGCCUCAUGCUGGACUUACCUUUCAAGAUGGUUUCCGUUUCAGUCUUUCUACGCAUAAGUAAAUUAAGCAAUGAAUGAAUGAUUGAAUAAUAAUACCGUUUUGGUGGAUUUGUUAAUGAAUGAAUGAUUGAAUAAUAAUACCGUUUUGGUGGAUUUGUGUUUUGUUUAUGGUUAAAACUACACA